AUGAAAUAUAAAUAUUUUAUACUAAUCUUGGGAUGCUUGCUAAUAACAAUUAAUGGUAGCAAAUGUAAAAAAGUAAUAAAUUCUGAUGCUAUUUACAUAUUUGAUGAUUUGCAAACUAAGGAAUAUAAAUAAAUUCUAAACGGUAUAGUAUUUGAUUGAUGACUUAGAAACAAGCACAUUGUACUUUCGAUUUUGUCAACCAAUCUUAAAAUGUCCAGAAUUAGCAGUGACUACAUUUGCUGUAAUAAUAAACAAUGAAGGAAAAUCAGAAUAAUAAUGCAUUUCCUUGGUUAAUACAGAUUCAUACUUUGCAGAUUCCUUUGAACUCAUCAAUGAAGAAGAACCAAAUGAGGGUGUCCAUGCUGAAUUCAACAAGUACUGAAUUAUUUAUGAUGUAAUCAGCACUUUAAAUGGUUUUGCAGUAAAGUAUGUGCUCUAUUGUUCAGAGUAGUAAGAAGACCUUGAGAUAUUGGACAUCUCAUAUGAGAAAGAAAAAUAAUUAUACUAAAUUGAAAUGGAAGCAGACAAUGGUUGCCAUCUAGUUUUAUUUUCUAAAAUAGUAGAGUUCUUGCAAGACAAUAAUAAAUUUCUGUCAGCAAUUUUGAUAGUAAUAGGGUUAACAGAAUGCUUAAUGGGUAAGAAAAUCUUAAAGCCAACACUAUUUAUAUUUGGAUAUUUAAUGGGCUUUUUCUUUGCCCUAUAUAUAUCAAGCGAACUAGACAUAGGAGACAAUCCAUUUUAUUUAUGGAUAGCAAUGAUAAUUGCAGUACUACUUGGAGCAUUCGUGGGAGGAUUGUCAAUGCAUUUAGACAAGGCUGGAAUAGUUGCAGUAGGUAUUGGAUUGGGAGUGGUCUUGUCUUUAUUGCUGUGGAAUGCAUUGUUGGUUAAGUUUGUAACUUCAGAAUACAUACUAUAUUCGAUAAUAGUAAUUUUAAGUUUUGGGUUUAGUGUGUUAUCCUUUAGAUUGUUCGAUCAUUUAAUCAUUUUUAGCACCAGCUUUUUAGGAGUAUGAAUAUAUUUAUAAAUAGUCAUAUCUAGUGUUUAAGGCAAUUGGAUUAAUAGCUGGAGGGUUUCCUUCAGAGAUUAAGAGCAUCUCUGGAAAUUCAGAUUAUCGAUAUUACAUUUAUUUUACUUGCAUAAUAAUUUUGGCCUGUUUUGGUAUUUACUAUUAAUAUAAAUAAUGGGGAUAGAAGAUUAUCACUUAUGAUGAAAUUGUAUCGUCAAUGAUGAAUGGCAAUUAAUAAACAGAUCAUUAAGAUCCACUUCUGAAUGAACCUGGCAAUAAUAGCGAAGAUUAGAUUGAAUUGAAGGAGAUCAAUUAGAAAUCAGAGGUUAAAGGUUUUUCAUGA